AGGGAGAGAGAGAGAGACGGAGGAAAAAACUGACUUGGAUAUUUCGCAAGAGAGCAGGGAGAUUUUUCUUCUCUCUCUCUCUCUCUCUCUCUCUCUCUCUCUCUCUCUCUGCAAAGUCUGGGGAGGGUGGGCAUCUAAGCUCAAGGCGAGAGUGGCAUAGAAAGCACCAAUCUGAAUUCUCUCUGCGUGGUCCUCUUAACAUGACUGCGCCCAGACUUCCCUUCUGUCUCUCAGGCGGCGUCAAGGUUCUGGGUUUAAGGUAGCUGCGCUCGCAGGAGUUGCUAUGAGUUCCAGAGUUCUGCUCUUCCUUCUUGGGCUUCAUGUUGCGCUGGGACAAACCCUCCUUCACAGAGGUCCUCGUCCCAUCGCUCCGGAUUUAGAAGGGGACCUUCUCUUCCUCCUGGACAGCUCUGGUAGCGUCUCCUACUACGAAUUCUCCCGGGUCAAGGAGUUCAUUGCCGACCUCCUCAGGCCAUUUGCCUUCAGCCCACACGAUGUCCAGACUGGGGUUGUCCACAUCAGCACCAUGCCCACGAUGGAGUUCCCCUUCGACCGCUACCUCUCCACCGGGGCGGUCCAGCAUGCCAUUCGCAGCAUCCAACAGGUGAUGGGGGACACCAACACAGGCAAAGCCCUCUCCUUUGCUAAAGACAUGCUUUUCAGUGGGAAGGCCGGAGCGCGGGCUGAUGUCCCCAAGGCGAUGGUGUGGGUGACCGACGGCUUCUCUACAGAUGACAUCUCCCAGCCAAUGCAGCUCCUGAAGGACAUGGGGGUCACGGUUUUUAUCGUCAGCACGGGGCGUGGGAACUACUUAGAGCUGUCCGCCGCUGCCAGCCAGCCUCCGGAGAAACACCUGCAUUUUGUGGAUGUGGACGACCUGACCAUCAUUACCAAGGACCUGAGAGACUCCAUCGCAGAUGUCUUCCAGGCCAAGCGUCUGCGUGUGACGGAGAUCUCAACAAGCAGCUUCCGCCUCCUUUGGCCCAGGUUUUUGACACGGGAGACGGGCUAUUAUGUCCUGGAGUACGCCCCAACUGGAGACCCCAGGCGGAAACUGACCAAGCAGCUGACAGGUGACCACACCAGCUUCCUGGUGAGCAACCUGGUGCCCCAAACCACGUACGAGGUCGCCCUCAUUCCCGAGUCCAACGAGAGAUACAUGCCACCCCAAACCAUCAGGGUCACCACCUUGGAAGAGCCCAUCAGCCCAGCAAGAGUCGUCAUCUCAGAUUCCAGGCCCCACAGCAUCCGGGUCAGCUGGGCCCCCACCCCGGACAGCGUGUCUGCCUAUCAGGUCCUGUACGGGCCCCUGCCUGGGAACGCAGUCAAGCUGGUGGAGGUCGAUGGGAGCCUCAACUCCACCCUCUUGGAUGACCUGACUGCCAACACCACCUACUUGGUGACUGUGUCUGCCAUUUAUAAAUCGGGCAAGGAGAAAGCACUGUCGGCCAAGGCAUGCACGGCAGAAGAGAACUCCAGGAUAAAGCACCUGCGCUUCGAAGACCUGAGCCCCACCACCGUGAAGGCUUCAUGGGAGCCUGCCGAUGGCAGCGUCCUGGGUUACCGGGUGAGGUGCCGGCGGCAGGCUGGCUCUUCGACCCUCCUCAGCGUCUCACCGCAGAUCCACAGCGUGCUCCUGUCGGACCUGGCGGAGGGCAGCACCAACAAAGUGUGCGUCAAGCCCGUGUACAGGAACCAGCAAGGGAAAGGCGUGUGCCGGAUGGUCCACAAGCAGCCGGCUUCGGCAGUGGGAAGCUACAGGCACAGACAGAGAGCGUGAGCGUUAAGAGACUCGAGGAGCAACUCUGCAGAGCAGAGGAAAAGACUGGACAAGGAGGAAGCCUGGAGGAACCCAUACGAGGUGGUUGCCCUCCCAAGCCUGCUCAAGCCCCCCUGAAGCACUCUGCCCCCACCCCCCAGCAGCCAUCUUGCCUACAAGUUCCCAAGCUCCGGUUUGGUGUUCAGAAAAAGGGCUCCACCUGGAAGAUGAGAUUCAGCUGCGGGGAUGAGCCAAAAAAGAAAAAAGACUGGGACUCAGAAUUCCUCUUUCCUUACUGUAUUCUAUUUAUUUGUGUUUUAGUAUGUGCUGUAGCUGGGGAAGAAUGUCACAGGAACCCACCCCCUCCCCUUUAAGCCAACACUUGCUAAAUGAUGUGCUCCUUAAUUGAUACAGCUGCAAUUCGGUCGGAGGCACGCAGUGUAGAGGUGCGAGGAGGAUAAAAAUGGAUUCCAUGAGGACCUAGCUAAUGCCAGAGUUAAUUAAGGAUGGGAGAAGGCAUCGUUUCCCAUUCCGCCCUGUAUUCACUGCAAGCAGCACUGUUUCCCUUCUGCUGCUGCUGGCCUUCCUCCAACCUCUACAUCAUUCAUCUCACCGUUCUGCCGUGCCGAAAUUCUGCAACUUCCCUAAUUCACGCAAUUAAUCAUUACGUAGGUUACGUUGCUGUUACAUUAUCCCGCUCUGUUCAUUUCAGUGCAAUGGAAACACAAUGCAAAUGGGGGGAAUGUAAUCCAUUUCAUACAGUUUGCGGACUGAAAGCAGUAGCAACAACAGUGAAUGUCUGAUAGUAUUUGGGGAUCAAUUUCCGUUCUGGCCACGGGACGGAUAAGAAGAUGUCAGCUUUCCAAGGCAGAUGUAAACCCUCAUAGCAUGUAUUGCAUAAGAGCUCUUUGAAGAGGACGACCUGGAUUUUCCCUGCAUCAAAAAUGUCCCCUUCCUUAUUCUUUCUUGUAAGCCGGAAAGUGUUUCACUCUUUUGCACAACUCUUCCAUGUGUUGUUUUGCUAAUGUGGUAGAGAUUGCCUCCCUGUCUCCUUAUAAUGCAUCCCUUUGGAAGUCAGUGAAUUAAACAAGAGAACAAAUGA